AAAAAAAAGGUGCUUCUUUUGCUGCCUCUGAUUCCCAAUCUUCACUUUUCCAACCAAUCCAUUUCUUACAUUACAAUUUACAACCACAUCUCAUCUCUUCUUUGUCCUUUCUUAAUUAUCUUGUGGCUCUCUCAGAUUCAAUUUCCCUUAUAUUUAUACGCUCAUUGUCUUUAGAUUCUACCACGUCACUAUUAAUACGCUCACAUUCUUUAAACUCUUCCAGAGUGUUGGGAUUUUGAUUAGUUUGGAUUCUGCUACUGCUCGAUUAUAUUUUUGUAGAUGGGAGACGUGGCAAAGGACCUUACAGCUGGAACUGUUGGAGGGGCUGCACAAUUGAUAUGUGGACACCCUUUUGAUACCAUCAAGGUCAAGCUCCAAAGCCAGCCUACACCACUCCCUGGUCAGCCUCCCAAGUAUGCCGGCGCAUUUGAUGCCGUCAGGCAGACAAUAGCAGCCGAAGGUCCAAGGGGUUUAUACAAAGGUAUGGGCGCCCCACUCGCUACGGUUGCAGCCUUCAAUGCUGUCCUAUUUACAGUUAGGGGACAAAUGGAAUCAAUAGUGAGGUCCCAUCCUGGUGCUCCCCUCACUGUGAAUCAGCAGUUUGUUUGUGGAGCUGGAGCUGGUGUUGCUGUUUCCUUUCUUGCUUGCCCAACUGAAUUAAUCAAAUGCAGGUUACAAGCACAAAGUGCACUUGCUGGCACUGGAACUGCAGCUGUGGCUGUUAAAUAUGGAGGACCGAUGGAUGUGGCCAGGCAAGUUCUCCGGUCAGAGGGGGGUAUGAGAGGUCUUUUCAAAGGCUUGGUUCCCACAAUGGCACGUGAGAUACCUGGAAAUGCAAUAAUGUUUGGCGUAUAUGAAGCAUUAAAGCAACGGUUUGCAGGUGGCACCGAUACCUCUGGUCUAAGUAGAGGUUCUCUGAUUGUUGCCGGAGGCUUGGCUGGAGGUUCUUUCUGGUUCCUUGUUUACCCAACCGAUGUUAUUAAAAGUGUGCUUCAAGUAGAUGAUUAUAAGAACCCUAAGUUUUCGGGUUCAUUUGAUGCUUUCAGAAAGAUUAUGGCUUCUGAGGGAUUCAAAGGCCUAUAUAAAGGUUUUGGUCCUGCAAUGGGCAGAAGUGUUCCUGCAAAUGCAGCAUGUUUCUUAGCAUAUGAGAUGACAAGAUCAGCUUUAGGAUGAAUAAUUCUUAUGGUAAAGCUUAUUAUCAAAUUGUCAUGUUUUUUUUCUUCUUUUGUUCCCAAAACUUUUCCACUCCAUUAAUUACCAUAUGGGCCAUACAUGCUUGUCA